GAAGAAAUAAACUCAAAGCCAAAUGGAUCUCCUCUUCUUGGAGAAGGCCCUCCUGGGCCUUUUCGUGGCGGUGGUACUAGCCAUCACCAUCUCUAAACUUCGUGGCAAGCGGUUCAAGCUCCCUCCUGGACCAUUACCCGUGCCGGUGUUCGGCAACUGGCUCCAAGUGGGUGAUGACUUGAACCACCGCAACUUGACAGAUUUGGCCAAGAAAUUCGGUGACAUAUUUUUACUUCGAAUGGGACAGCGUAAUCUGGUGGUGGUGUCUUCACCUGAGCUAGCCAAAGAGGUGCUCCACACGCAGGGAGUGGAGUUCGGCUCAAGAACUAGGAACGUAGUGUUUGAUAUAUUCACGGGUAAGGGUCAAGACAUGGUUUUCACGGUGUACGGAGAGCACUGGAGGAAAAUGAGGCGGAUCAUGACGGUACCAUUUUUUACCAACAAGGUUGUGCAGCAGUACAGGUUUGGAUGGGAGGACGAGGCUGCUCGUGUAGUGGAGGACGUGAGGAAAAAUCCCGAGGCAGCCACCAACGGAAUCGUUUUGAGGAGAAGAUUGCAGCUGAUGAUGUACAACAACAUGUACAGAAUCAUGUUCGACACAAGAUUCGAGAGUGAGGAUGAUCCUUUGUUUGUUAGGCUCAAGGCUUUGAACGGGGAGAGGAGCCGGUUGGCUCAGAGUUUUGAAUACAAUUACGGGGAUUUUAUUCCCAUCUUAAGGCCCUUCCUCAGAGGAUACUUGAAGAUCUGUAAGGAGGUUAAGGACAGGAGGUUGCAGCUCUUCAAGGACCAUUUCGUCGAAGAGAGGAAGAAACUUGGAAGCACAAAAAGCAUGAACAACGAUGGAUUGAAAUGUGCCAUAGAUCAUAUUUUGGAUGCUCAACAGAAGGGGGAAAUCAAUGAGGACAACGUUCUCUACAUUGUCGAGAAUAUCAAUGUUGCCGCAAUUGAGACGACACUGUGGUCGAUCGAGUGGGGCAUUGCGGAGCUGGUGAACCACCCUGAAAUCCAGAAGAAGCUGCGGCAUGAACUUGACACUGUUCUAGGACCUGGUAACCAGAUCACUGAACCUGACACCCACAAACUCCCCUACCUUCAGGCUGUGAUCAAGGAGACUUUAAGGUUACGAAUGGCAAUUCCUCUACUCGUGCCCCACAUGAACCUGCAUGAUGCGAAAUUGGGUGGCUAUGAUAUCCCUGCUGAGAGCAAAAUCUUGGUAAAUGCAUGGUGGCUUGCCAACAACCCUGCUAACUGGAAAAAUCCCGAAGAAUUUAGGCCUGAAAGGUUCUUUGAAGAGGAAGCCAAGGUUGAGGCCAAUGGUAAUGAUUUCCGCUACCUCCCCUUUGGCGUGGGGAGAAGAAGUUGCCCAGGAAUUAUUCUUGCAUUGCCCAUCCUUGGUAUUACUUUGGGUCGAUUGGUACAGAAUUUUGAGCUCUUGCCUCCCCCUGGGCAAUCUCAAAUUGAUACCACGGAGAAAGGUGGACAGUUCAGUCUUCAUAUUUUGAAGCAUUCCACCAUUGUUGCUAAGCCAAGGCAAUUUUAACUUGUUCUCUUCUAUCCAUUUUAGUGAACUCUUGAAAGACAGUAUGAAACAUUAUUCAGUUGAAAAUAUUUGUGAGGUGUGACAACGUAAAUCCAUGAAUCAAUCAAGAUUUGCAAUAAGAUUAAUAUUUUCCCUUCCA